AUGCCGCUCUCCUGUACUGUGAGGGGUUAAUGGCGCUCUCCUCACUCUCCUGGCCGCCGUCCCGCACUGAUCUCGGUUGGAUCCUCCGGGAUGAGUGGCUCCGGCUGACGCUCCCUAUAUAACGGCUUCUCUCCGGUCGGCGGCGGCUGUCGUCUCUCCGUGUGAUGCUGCGGCGCCGGCCGUUGUCUUCAUGGCUUCCUGGCGCGGAGUCUCCCAUCGAGGGAUCAUGAGCGGCAGCAGGAUCAGUUUCUUUGAGGUGGAAAUCCUAGACUGCAAAACCAAACAGCAGCUGUGCUUCCUAGAUAAGGUGGAACCGAAUCACACAGUGAAUGACAUCAAAUUGAUGUUUCAUAAAUGCUAUCCUCAGUGGUAUCCAGCGCGACAAUCAAUACGGUUAGACCCCAAGGGACGGUCACUGAAAGAUGAAGAAAUCCUGAGAGAGCUUCCAGUCGGCACCACAGCUACCUUAUAUUUUAGAGACCUGGGUCCUCAGAUCGGAUGGACUAUGGUUUUUCUUACAGAAUACGCAGGGCCACUUUUCGUAUACUUUCUGUUCUACUUCCGGAUGCCUUUUUUCUAUGGAUUAGCCAAGGCCUUCACCUCCAGCCCACACUCUGUAGUACACUUGGCUUGCUGCUGUCAUUCAUUCCACUAUAUCAAAAGAUUAAUUGAAACAAUAUUUGUCCAUCGAUUUUCCCAUGGGACAAUGCCGCUGAAGAGUAUAAUAAAGAAUUGUUUCUACUACUGGGGGUUUGCGGCGUGGCUGGCAUACUACAUCAACCACCCUCUGUACACGCCACCAUCUUACGGAAAAAAGCAGAUAAGUUUAUCCAUGAUCAUGUUUCUGAUAUGUGAAACUGGUAAUUUUUCCAUUCAUGUAGCACUGAAUAACCUGAGAAUAGAAGGCUCCAGGUCGCGGCGUUAUCCCUUCCCAACACGAAAUCCUUUCACAUGGUUGUUCUUCUUCGUGUCCUGUCCUAAUUAUACCUAUGAGGUUGGGAGCUGGAUCAGUUUUACAGUGAUGACCCAAUGUGCUCCAGUCGGACUUUUUACAUUCAUCGGUUUUAUUCAGAUGACGAUUUGGGCAAAAGAAAAACAUCAUCGAUAUAUCAGGGAGUUCAAGGACUAUCCGCGCUUCCGGGCGUCUAUCGUCCCCUUUCUACUCUGAAGUCACAAAAACCAGAACAAUUCAAUGAUUUUGUUGUAACAUUUGAUACUGGAUCCUGGUGUAAUAUAAGGGUAUGCUCACCGCGCCGUUAGUUACGUUUUUUAUAUAUUUUUUUUUACGGCUUUUUCUGCGGAUUUAAGACAAUGUAACAUCCAUUAUUGUAUUAUACUGUAGUGUUAUUACCGCGACAUUACGCUCAUACCAUAUGGGCCAUCGCGGUCAUACCCACAAUGGUACCCCGCCAUCUCACCGUACACAUCUCCCAGACAUCAGCAAUAAGGUUUUAUACCUCAAAAAAGAAAAUCUGUGUGUGUUAAAGGGUUAAUAUGCUGAGCAGAUUGAUACGGGGGAUAUUAAAAGUCUUUACGUAAUGUAUCUUGAAUGGGCUUUCUAAACAUUGGCGUGCUCAGCCCCGCUCCUGAUUAUUGUUUACAUACAUGGGACCGGUGGGGGUCCCAGCAGUCGGCCCUUCACCAAUCAGCUACUUAUCCCCUAUCCCAGUUUCCCUCCCGGUUGGGAAACAAUCAGUCCUCCAGGUUUAUUUGUGUGGGGUCUGGAUAUGACGCUGAGCACGUGCACUCAACUUCUUUGCUGUGGGUUGCAAUAUACCACAAUACUUUGCCUCCACAUAAAAUCUGCACAUGGAGGAACAAUAUGAGCUUAUACUGUACAACAGUGUUUCCCUCCCAGGUGCCUUUGGUCAUUGCAAAACUACAACAAUGCCCGGAGUUGUAGUUUUGCAACAGCCAGGGUGCCCCUGCAUGGGAAACACUGCCCUAUUCUAUAGAUUGGGGAUAACCAUUAAUUGUACGAUAAACUUUAUAACCGCACCCACAAAUGCUGUAUACAGCAAAUACCAUUCAGCCGUAUACUGAAAUUUGCAUAUAUUUGUCAUGUGGAAUGAUGUCCGAUCCAGCUAAAAAAAUGAUGUCGACAAAAUAGUAGUCCAGGGGGCGGUGACACUGUGAUUGACAGCUGUUUCUGCACAGGAAAUGCUAUCAGUCAAUGAAAUAGCUGUCAAUCAAAGUGUGACUGUCCACUGGACUACUGAGUAGGACCGCCCACUGGACUCCUUAGCCCAUAAUGAGCAGAGAUAUAAAUAAAUAAAUGACAAUAUAUAUAUAUAUAUAUAUAUAUAUAUAUAU